GGGGUAUAUUCCCUAGCCGAAACCCCAAGAACUUACUGACAGAACAAACUGUAAAAAGUGGCAAUAAAUAAGAAUGAUUGGUCUUAGGCAAAAACCAUUAUUCCCAACCAAACAUAAUAGCCAUGACAACCCUCAUGGGAAAAUCUUGCUGCAUGCUUUUCUUCGUCCUCCUCCUCACAUCAUCCAUUUUUCUGGGUCACUCAAAAAAACUCAACCAAAACGAACCCUGCAACCGCCUCAAGCUCUUCUACCACGACACCAUGUUCAAUGGCACGAACGUGUCCAAUGCCACAGCUGCCACUGUCGCCAACGCAACCAAACUUGGUAACUUCAACUUUGGCAUGUUGGUUGUGUUCGAUGAUCCCAUGACAGUCGACAACGACUUUGUUUCAUCCCCAGUGGCGCGAGCACAAGGGUUCUAUUUCUACGACAUGAAGACAACUUACAAUGCUUGGUUUGCAUACACUUUGGUAUUCAAUUCCACAAAAUAUAAUGGUACUAUUAACAUUAUGGGUGCAGAUAUAAUGGGUGAGGAGACUAGGGAUCUUUUGGUGGUGGGAGAGACUGGUGAUUUCUUCAUGGCUAGAGGGAUUGCAACGUUUCGGACCGAUACUUUUGAGGGUGCUGAUUAUUUUCGGCUGGAGAUGGAUAUUAAAUUGUAUGAGUGUUACUAGACUGAUUAUUGGUUAGUAUCUUUGAUGAUAUGAUAUGCAUACCGUAAUCUAUGAGAGGGUAUGUUUAAAUAUUAAUAAUCUCCAUUACUACAACAUUUUCUUAGUUUAGUGACAUUUGAAAGUGUCACAAAACUAUUGGUUUAAUGACAUUUUUUAGUCUUGUGA